AUGGGUUGCGUGCUUGGGACGGCGGCCGGUGACGGAGAUCAACGUCGUCGACGGAGAGAGCAGCGGAAGGAUUCUUCUGAGGGAAGAAAUAAUGUCGUUAGCGUUCGAGAGAAGCAAACGAGUCGUCAUACUGGAGAUUUUCCGGGGAAUCUUCCGGCGCUGGAGCACCGGAAACCUAUGCUUGAUCCGUGUGCUGUGAAUCAGCAGGGUUGGCCGUCUUGGUUGAUGGCUGUUGCCGGUGAAGCAAUCGGAGAUUGGACUCCUCGUCGUGCAAAUACGUUUGAGAAGCUUGCUAAGAUUGGGCAAGGGACGUAUAGUAAUGUGUAUAAAGCUAGAGACCUUAUUACAGGGAAGAUUGUGGCUUUGAAGAAAGUGAGAUUUGAUAAUUUAGAGCCAGAGAGUGUGAAGUUUAUGGCAAGAGAGAUACUUGUUAUGAGAAAACUUGAUCACCCUAAUGUUCUAAAGCUUGAAGGAGUCGUUACUUCUAGAAUGUCGUGCAGUCUUUAUUUGGUAUUUGAAUAUAUGGAACAUGAUCUUGCAGGUCUUUCAGCUGGCCAAGGUGUUAAGUUCACUGAAUCUCAGGUUAAAUGCUUUAUGAAGCAAUUACUUUCUGGUCUUGAUCAUUGCCACAGUCGAGGCGUGUUGCACCGUGAUAUCAAGGGUUCCAAUCUGCUUAUUGACAACGAAGGAAUCCUUAAAAUUGCAGAUUUUGGAUUGGCAACUUUCUAUAAUCCUAAGCAAAAGCAGUGCAUGACAAGCAGAGUUGUGACACUUUGGUAUCGACCCCCUGAGCUUCUUCUUGGAGCUACAUUUUAUGGUGUGGGUAUUGACCUUUGGAGUGCUGGUUGCAUUUUGGCAGAGCUGCUUGCUGGGAAGCCAAUCAUGCCUGGCCGAACAGAGGUUGAACAACUACACAAAAUCUUUAAGUUGUGUGGCUCUCCAGCUGAGGAAUAUUGGAGGAAGUAUAAAUUGCCAAACGCUACUAUCUUUAAGCCACAGCAGCCAUAUAAACGUUGUAUAUCAGAAACAUUCAAGGAUUUUCCUCAAUCUUCACUACCUUUAAUAGAAACUCUUCUUGCAAUCGAUCCUGAUGGCCGUAGCACUGCAUCAGCUGCUCUAAAUCACGAAUUUUUUACCACUGAGCCCUAUGCCUGUGAACCGUCGAGUUUGCCAAAGUAUCCUCCUAGCAAAGAAUUGGAUGUAAAAAUGAGAGAUGAAGAAGCUAGAAGGCAAAAAGCAUUAAAUGGAAAAGCUAAUGCAGAUGGUGGCAAAAGAGUCAGAGCACGGGAGCGUGGUCGGGCCAUGCCGGCCCCCGAAGCCAAUGCAGAGAUCCAAACAAACUUAGAUAGGUGGAGAGUUGUGACCCACGCAAAUGGUAAAAGCAAGAGUGAGAAAUUUCCACCUCCUCAUCAAGAUGGAGCUGUUGGAUAUCCACAAGAUGCAUCAAGUAAAGGACCUGUUUCAUUUGGUGCCCCAGACACAUCCUUUAGUUCAGGGAUAUUCAAUAUGAAAUCCUCUGGAUCUUCAAGAAAUCAUGACGCUACAGGACUUCACAAAGGGACAAAAACUAAAAAAGAAGAAUCUCAGAUGGCUUCAUCAUGGAAAUUUAUGCGUCCAUUCAAGCCAUCAACAAUUGGACUUUCAAUGGAUUUAUUAUUUAGGAGCAAAUAA